UCUUCAGCAGUGAGAGCGGCAUCAUGUGCCUGGACAUCCACAGCGACCACCCGCACCUCGUGGCAGUGGGUUUUUACGAUGGCAACGUGGCCAUCUACAGCCUGAAGAAGCCCAGCUCCCAGCCCAGCUACAAGAGCAGCGCCAAGUCAGGAAAGCACACGGAACCCGUGUGGCAGGUCAAAUGGCAGAAGGAUGACAUGGACAACAACUUGAACUUCUUCUCUGUCUCCUCGGAUGGGCGGAUAGUGUCAUGGACUUUAGUUAAGAAUGAGCUGGUUCAUACAGAUGUCAUCAAGCUGUCAGUAGAAGGAGCAACAAUGCAGGGGCCGGAGGGGCUACAGCUGCAAACGCUUGGCUGCGGGACGUCAUUUGAUUUUCACAAAAAGAUAGACUAUUUAUUCCUCGUUGGUACUGAAGAAGGGAAGAUCUAUAAGUGUUCAAAAUGCUACUCGAGCCAGUUUCUGGAUGUGUUUGAAGCCCAUCACAUGGCUGUGGACGCGGUCAGCUGGAAUCCCUACCAUAUGAAAGUCUUCAUUUCCUGCAGCUCUGACUGGACGGUCAAGAUCUGGGACCACACCAUCAAGACUCCGAUGUUUAUUUACGACCUGAAUUCUGCUGUUGGGGAUGUUGCCUGGUCUCCUUACUCCUCCACUGUCUUUGCUGCAGUCACCAAUGAUGGCAAGGCCCAUGUGUUCGAUCUGAGUGUCAAUAAGUAUGAAGCUAUAUGCAUCCAAGUAGUGGUGGCCAAGAAGAAAAACAAAAUAACCCACGUCCGCUUUAACCCAGUCUACCCCGUUGUCAUCAUUGGAGAUGACCGAGGCCAUGUCACCUGCCUGAAGCUCUCUCCCAACUUGCGCAGGAUGCCCAAGGAGAAGAAGGGCCAGGAGGUGAAGAAGGGCCCCGAGGUGGAAAUCGCCAAGCUGGACAAGCUGCUGAACCUGGUGAGGGAGCCGGCCAGCCAGGCAGCGAGGUGAGCGGCCGCAGCCGCGCCAGGCGAG